UUCCGAGCGUCGUGGGGCUGCCGCGCUCUCCGACGCGUUGAGCCCUCUCGCGAUCCCAACUUUGUAUACUGGAAACUUUUUAACUCAUUUUUCGAGUAGAUUCGGCAUCCGCCCGCCUGUUGCUACCCUAGUGUCGGAGUCGAGUCGCGUGUGCAGUGUAGCGAGCGAUUCUACAUGCAAUAUCGCGCGUGUUUCAGAGUCCGUCGGUCUAUUUUUGAAUAUUCACCAAACGGUGCGCUGCUAAGUUUUCGAAACGCAGGCCGACUGCCGGAUUAACGGCCGCAUUGUGCAGCGCCUCAUGUGUUUUUGUUGACGGAUAACAUUUGUUUUGUUACUAUCAUCUGUGGAAUUCGUGACACGUUAUCUUUAAAGUUCGCACCUGUGCGCUAUUUGCCUGGCAUGGUGAUGGCUAUGGAUGAUUUGAGUACUCUGUGAAUUGUGGUGGUGACUCGGUGAUGGGAUCAUCGAUUAACGAAUAGUGUUGUGCUUGUGUUAGUGAUGUAACAUUCUAUGGAAGUGUUAGUGUGUACUCGGAAUGUUCACGAAGCACGGCAAGACGCUUGAGCGGUGUUCUCACCCCUCUCAUAGGAGCUGCAAGAAGAAAAAACAACCCCCGCAUACACCCUGGAAAUACUUGAUGAAUUGCCCACUCGUUAGAAAAUGUUUUGGUCUACAGUUGCGGAGUAUAGAGGAGCCGCCGGGUGGCGCGGGCGGCGGCAUGCCCGCGCCAACCUGCUACGAUGCCGAAUGCGCUCGCACGGAAGCCUGGCUCGAUGAGAACCAGGAGUUUGUGCAUGAUUACUUUUUGAGGAAAGCGCCAAGGCAAGUGGUUGAUGCGUGGCUGGUGUCGCACGCGACACCGCCGAGCGCGGAGUUGGCAUCACCGUCCAGGGCAGGCUCUGGCUCUGGGGCCACUACACCAGUCAGAAAGAUCUCAGCGCACGAGUUCGAGCGGGGUGGUCUUCUGAAGCCGCUGGUGACGACCGUGGACGGCACGCCCACGUUCCUCGGCGACCAGCCGCACGCGACCCCCUCGCGCCCGCAGCGCCGGUCGCGGCACGAGCUCAAGCAACUGGACGAGAAGGAGCUGAUAUUCGAACUGGUUAAGGAUAUAUGCAACGAAUUGGAAGUACGGGUACUCUGCCACAAGAUUCUACAGAAUGUGUCGAUUCUGCUCGACGCUGACCGGGGCUCGCUGUUCCUCGUGCAGGGGGAAAAGGCGGCAUCACCGAAUCCGCAGAAUGGCAGAUGUUUGGUGUCGAAGCUGUUCGACGUGUGCUCCAAGUCGACCCCGGAACAAAUGGAACAGCUGGAGGAGAUCAGGAUACCCUGGGGCAGCGGCAUCGUCGGCUACGUGGCUGAGAGCGGCGAGCCUGUUAACAUACCUGAUGCGUAUAAGGACGAAAGGUUCAACCACGACAUCGACCAGCAGACGGGCUAUAAGACGCGGUCGCUGCUCUGCAUGCCCAUCAAGGAUAUCAACGGAGAGGUUAUUGGUGUUGCGCAGGUUAUAAACAAACAAAACGACGGCCCAUUCACAUCAAACGACGAGAAAGUUUUCGCCUCAUACCUCCAAUUUUGCGGCAUUGGCUUACGGAAUGCGCAACUAUACGAGAGAUCACAACUCGAAGUGAAGAGGAACCAAGUGCUAUUGGACCUGGCGAGGAUGGUGUUCGAGGAGCAGAGCACGAUAGAACACAUGGUGCUGCGGAUACUAACGCACACGCAGAGCUUGAUACGGUGUCAGAGGGUGCAGGUGCUCCUAGUGCACGAAGCGUCGAAAGGCAGUUUCUCUCGAGUGUUCGACUUGGAGGCGGGUGAUGAUGCAGAGCCUGGUACACCAAGAACGUCACCGUAUGAGAGCAGGUUCCCCAUCAACAUUGGUAUCACGGGAUAUGUCGCUACUACUGGCGAGACAGUAAACAUACCGGACGCGUACACGGACGCUCGUUUCGAUCCCUCAGUGGACGAGGGUGCGGGCUUCAAGCACAACACGAUCCUGUGUAUGGCGAUCAAAAACUCGGAGGGACGGAUCAUUGGUGUCAUACAGCUAAUAAACAAAUUCGACGACCUACUAUUUACCAAGAACGAUGAGAACUUCGUGGAAGCGUUCGCGAUAUUCUGCGGCAUGGGGAUACACAACACGCAUAUGUAUGAAAAGGCUAUCACGGCCAUGGCGAAACAGAGUGUCACUUUGGAUGUUUUAAGUUACCACGCAUCAGCAUCACUAGAUGACGCGCAAAGGUUACGGAGCCUGCGGAUCCCGUCGUCGGCGCACUUCAGCCUGCACGAGCUCGCGUUCGACGACAUCGACAUGUCGGACGAGGAGACGCUGCGCGCGUGCCUGCGCAUGUUCCUCGACCUCGACUUCGUGGAGCGCUUCCACAUCGACUACGCGGUGCUCUGCCGGUGGCUGCUCAGCGUCAAGAAGAACUACCGCAACGUCACCUACCACAACUGGCGGCACGCGUUCAACGUGGCGCAGAUGAUGUUCGCGAUACUGACGGAAACUCAGUGGUGGAAGAUAUUCGGCGAGCUGGAAUGCUUGGCGCUGAUCAUUGGCUGCCUCUGUCACGAUCUCGACCACCGGGGGACGAAUAACUCCUUCCAAAUUAAAGCAUCAUCCCCGCUCGCACAACUAUACUCCACGUCCACAAUGGAGCACCACCACUUCGACCAGUGCCUCAUGAUUCUCAACUCGCCCGGCAACCAGAUACUCGCUAAUUUGUCUUCGGAAGACUAUGAGAAAGUGGUCAAAGUGCUGGAGGACGCUAUACUGUCUACGGACUUGGCUGUGUAUUUUAGCAAACGCAAAGGCUUCAUAGAGCUAGUGAGCAAAGACAGAACGGUGACGCCCAUGUGGGGGGAGUGUGAGGAGCGACGCGGGCUACUGCGCGCCAUGUUGAUGACGGCGUGUGACUUGGCGGCCAUUACCAAGCCCUGGCCCGUGGAACGACGGGUGGCAGCACUAGUGGCGGGCGAGUUCUUCAGACAGGGCGAUUUGGAGAGGCAGAACCUGAAUUUGACCCCUAUUGACAUAAUGAACAGAGAUAAAGAAGAUCAACUGCCUGCUAUGCAAGUCAAAUUCAUCGAUACCAUUUGUCUACCAAUAUACGAGGCAUUUGCUGUACUAUCAUCCUCUCUACAACCAAUGUUGGAUCGAGUGAAAAGCAAUCGAGCGCAUUGGAUCGAGUUGGCGAACAGCGACAAGCCCAACGGAGAGAAAUUCGACUACGGCCUCGAUAAGGAUAACGAGAAGAACGACAAAUCGAGUACAAGCUCACACGUCGAUGAUACAGAAAAUACUUAUGAAGGCGAUAGUAGCGGAGCAGUUAGUCUCUCGUCCGAAACUAACUCGAAGUACGACAAUCUAGAGAAUCCAGUGGUAGGGCUCGUAUGUAACAACGCUCUAACAAUGCCAAGGGAUCCCACUAAGUUCUCGCAUUUGAACGAAAUGAACUAAAUCUACGUCCAAAACCUUAACUACCAAUGUAGACGGAGUUUCGUUUACGUCUCGCUCUUUGUUAUAGCAUUUUUGAGGUGUGCGAGUGGGAUGGCGAUAUGUUUAGGGAUAAUACGACUAAAUUGUGUAGUAUGUGACUUCCCUGUACAGAAUGACUUCGAAUAUAUUUUUUAGUAUAAACUCAUUGGUCAGUCGAAGGUUUUAGUUUAGUGUGUGAAGUCGAAUUCGCGUGAUAUGUGUAGGUAGAUGAUAGUUAUAGUCGAAUUUGAAAUUCAUACGCAAGGCGUGUUUCAUUACCAUCACCUUUUGUACUACAUUGUGUAGCUUUAUUGUAUGAGAUCAUUAGCGUUUAUAUGUCGCUGUAACAUCAAAAGCUAAAUAACUAAAACCAUAGUAUCGUUUAUUUCAUGACAGUACUUUAGACUCCAAACUUCAUAUAUUUUUUGUGUUGCUAUAUUUUUAUAAAGAUCACAUAAAUAUAUCUGAAGAUUGUGAUGUUCAUUUUGGAAAGAUCUAAAAGGAUUUGGAAAGUUUCUUAAAUGUCAUCUAUAAAGAAUACUAUGGUUUUAGGCACACACUUUAGCUCAAAGGGACAUAUAAAUUCGUUCUGAAUCACUUACCUCAUUCAUUCUAUUCCUACUACGUGUAUAAUAACAUGAAUUAUGUUCGUGUGUGUCGCUAGUUUUUGGUAUCAUUUAAGAUACUAUUAUUUACUUUUAGAAUUAGUUUUUACGUUUCAACAUGUUUGGCAAAUCACAUAUUGAAAUCACCAGGGCCUAACUGUCGUGACUUAGCAAAUAUAUGACCAAGAUACCAAAAAUUUUAUAGUUAGGUAUUUCAAAGUAUUCAUAACAUUUUAUAUUUUUGUGAUUAUUAACGACUUUUUGAUAAAUACGACUUUAUCACGAUAGUUACGUAUUUUCAUAUCAUAUUUUGAGUGGGAGCAUUAUGAUUUACAAAAAGAAAAUAUACCGGCCAAAUUGACGUCCUCCUAUUUUUGAAGUCGGUUAAAAAUUAGAAUUUCUUACUAACUAUCCUGGUAGUCGAUUUAUCGAUUUUUAUUCACUUCCGAAAAAUACAAUGUUGAGUAUUGUGAUGAUAGUUUCGUUUUAAAUAGUCUAGUUUUAGUUAAGUUUGACUGUAAAUGUCCAUGGCAAGAGCGAAUGUUUUCGUGUCGUUUGUAUUAUUGCGUGUGGACAAUAAAAUAAUGAUUUUAGCGCAUCAUUUUGUAAAUACCGAUAUUUAAGCGAUUUAUAAUUAACGUAUUGAGUACUUACUUGUGAAAUUUCGUUUCCUACGUGUCGCGUUUCUGCUUUUAUAUAAUGCCUCGCUUUUUAUUCGUACAAGACAGUUAUGGUACCCGAAUAUCCAUUCCAAUAUAUUUUCAUGCCAAAUUUUAUAUUUUGUGUCGUUUCCUAACCAAAAAGUCAAUUAUGUAUAAAACUGACGAUGAUUUUUCUUUGACUACGUACAAUUCGCUUGUGUGUAAACGGUAAUAUUAUAGAUUUAGUGAAGGAGUAACAUUCUUAUAAUAUAAUGGGAAUAACCUCAAAUUAAUUAAAAUACCACCGUUUUUGUCUUACAAUAUGUAUAAAUUAACAUAUUUCAUAAUCAUUUUUGUAAUCUCGCUCGAUAAAAUAGUUUGACAAUAAUUUGGGUGCCUCAUUUUUAAUGUUUUUUUUUUUUUUUAGUUUCAUUUGAACAUAAUAUAAAAUGAUAUGAAUUCAUUGUUUUAAGUUGUGUUAUUUUUGAAUUAUUCUCAACACAUUUUACAUUAUGUAGAAUUGAAGUAAUGAACUAUAAGUAUAAAUUUUGUAAUUAUCAUAUCGACAUUGAUAGUGAGGCACCUAAACUUUUGUAUUUUGAAUACGACCAAAAGAAAAUUAUUCUAGUACUUAUAAAAUUAUUAUCGAUACUCGCAAAACAUAUAGAUUUUUAGUGCUUAAAAUUUCAACUAAUACAUUUUGACCUUUCGACAUAGUCCGUCGUUAAAUAUUAUGACCAAUUUUAAUUGUUUCAAAGCAAAGAUUAUAUAUAAAACAUAUUUUCUAAUUGGAUUAACUCUCUCUAUAAACGUUAGAUAUUUACAUUUUAAAAAAUCUCAAAUUAUUGUGGUAAUAAAAUAUGUACAACGUUAAUAUUAAGAUUGCUGUAAGUAUUAUUAGCAAGUAAUUAGAGAAAUAAUAAUUGUAAUUCAUAUGACGAGUUGUAUGGCGUGUGAUUAAUUAUGGAGGUUGUUUUGUUCCAAACAAAAUGUUAUUUAUUUAUGAAUAAACAAAUUUUGAAAUAAUCAUA